CAGACCACGCUGGCCAUGCACAACCUGAGCAGCUCCAACACAGGUGACUUCACCCUUCUGGGCAUCCCCGGCCUGGAGCAGUACCACGUCUGGAUCAGCAUCCCCUUCUGCUUUGUCUAUCUUGUGGCCACUGGGGGCAACAGUAUCCUUCUCUACCUCAUUGCUGUGGAGCGGAGUCUUCAGGCACCCAUGUUCUUUUUCCUUUCCAUGCUAGCCGUGACGGAUCUGAUCUUGUCUACCACGUGUGUCCCCAAAACCCUUACCAUCUUCUGGCGUGGUCCCCAGAACAUCAGUUUUCCUGGUUGCCUCACCCAGUUAUUCUUUCUGCACUACAGCUUUGUCCUGGACUCGGCUAUACUCCUGGCCAUGGCGUUUGACCGCUAUGUGGCCAUCUGCUCCCCUCUGAGAUACACCACGAUUCUGACCCCUGGGACCACUGUCAAAAUUGUCGUGGGAAUUUCCUUCAGAAGUUUCUGUGUUAUAGUUCCAUGUGUUUUCCUUGCAAAUCGUUUACCCUUCUGCAGGACACGCAUCAUCCCGCACACAUACUGUGAGCACAUAGGUGUUGCCCGGCUCGCCUGUGCGGACAUCUCCAUCAACAUCUGGUAUGGCUUUUGUGUUCCCAUCAUGACGGUCAUCUCAGAUGUGAUUCUCAUUGCUGUCUCCUACACCCUCAUCCUCUGUGCGGUCUUCCGCCUCCCGUCCCGGGAUGCCCGCCACAAGGCCCUUGGCACCUGUGGUUCCCAUGUCUGUGUCAUCCUCAUGUUCUAUAUACCAGCAUUCUUCUCCAUCCUUGCCCAUCGCUUUGGCCAUAAUGUCCCUCGUACCUUUCACAUCCUCUUUGCCAACCUCUAUGUAGUUAUCCCACCCGCACUCAAUCCUAUUGUCUAUGGAGUAAAGACCAAGCAGAUCCGGGACAAAGUCAUUCUUCUGCUCUUUCCCCAGGGGUCUCAGUGA